AUGGGGUCGCCCAUCCCACCCCAGACCCCUCCUGGGCCCUGCGUGUCCUUUCAGACGAGCGCCGUGCUGUGUGCAGGUGGCUGUGCCCUGCUGGCCCUCAGCUCGCUGCUGGCCAUCGUCGCCGUCCUGCUGCCUGGCGGAGCCUGCGAGAGGCGAGUCUGCACCCUGGCUGGCUACAUGCAGACAGCGGCAGUGUUCAUAAUGGCUUCUGGGCUUUUGGUUUACCCUUUUGGUUUCAACUCUGCUACUGUGAAGAGAUUCUGUGAGAAUUCAGACAUCUACUAUGCAGGAGACUGCCAGAUUGGCUGGGGGUAUAUGCUGGCAAUUGUUGGGGUCAUGUUGUCUGUCUUUUUACCAUUCUUUGCAAAAUAUGCACCAAAAGAGCACAUAUCUCCAACUCCAAUACCUACUAUUUUAUAAUAUUUUAUUACUGUUUAAGAACAGAACAUUCCUGUCUACAGGUAAUGGGCAGAAAUUAUAAUAGCACUUCCAUUUAGCUGUAUUGC